UAGAACCAUAGCAAGUAGAAUCCAUAGCUUUGAGAAACUCAUGGCUCAAAGGGUAGGACACUCUGCUGAUGGGGUUUUUGUCAUGAUCGUUGAUGAAGAUAAGUCACAUGCCAACUUCGCAAGAGGCAUGCUCUCCAGCCUCAAUUUUCAUGUGAUAGUGUACUCAAGUCCUGUGAAUGCACUCGUUUUUCUGGAGAAUAACGCACAAGACGUCGCUGUAGUCUUGGCAGCAGUGGACAUGAAACAAUUGAGUGGUUUUCAGUUCCUCGAAGCUGCAAGAGUGAAACGCCAGGACCUUCAAGUUAUCAUGAUGUCAGCUGAGACAACAAUGUCCACAAUGAUGAGGUGUGUUAAACUCGGUGCACGUUUUCUAGUGAAGAAGCCUCUUAACGAAGAAACUGUAGGUAAUCUGUGGCAGCAUGUUGACCUGAAAGUUUUGAAGAUGGAGAAGAUCAGGGAAUUACUGCAAGAUCCUGGACAAGAGACGGUGAUAACUAUUAGUUAUGAAGAGCAAUUCUCUGGAGAAACUGAAGCAGAUGAAAAUAAUGAAGAGGAGGAAGUGAAUUCCUUUGAAGCUAAGAAGGCUGAUUCAGUUAAAGUUCAAUCAGAUGAGAAGGGACAUGACAAUGCUAAAAUCUCUAACACUGCUGCUGCUGAAGGGUCUGAUGAAAAAGUCUCUAGUGGUGAUGGUCAUGUAGUGCCUAAAGCGUAUAAUAAUGUGAAUGUUGAAGAGAGCAUAGGUAGUAACAAUACUUCAGGUGAACAAGUCUCCGACAAGAUCAAGAGUGAUGCAAGAGUUGGGGUGAUCCUUGUGGACUACCCAGAUUUUGAGGAUGAUGAGACCAAGAAACCCACAAGCACUUAGAUAUAAUCCGGUCUCGACUCGACUCUGUGUAGAGAUCGAGUGAGCUGAGAAUGUGGGGGGAACAAGUGACUGAAAGAAUGCACUACCAUAUAUGUUUAUGGUAGUGUUUGUAUCUUACUUUCUGCAAAAUAAGAAAUGCACCAUGUGCUGAAUAUCUGGAACUAUUAGCAUUCUGAA